AUGCCCAUACAACCACGAUUCACGAGGCGGGCGUCCACAUAUCGUUCUCUUCAACGUACCACAAAAUGCAUGUCAACAGUGGGAAGCUAUUUAGACCACGACGGAGAGUGGUUAUGGAACGACGCGCUCCGUACUACCUUGGCUGUCAAUACUAGACAAUGUCUCGCAUCACUUACCGAACGAAGUUGUCGUCAUCAGCCGUUGGAGCGAAAACUUGCGCUCUUUCUUCUCGGAUUUGACAACGGGGCUGAUGCCAUCGCACGGAUACCCUCCGCGCUCGUGGGUAAUGUGCACAUGUCCACAGCCGGCGAAGUGGCCACCACGGAAUACGAGCAGAUUUCAUCCUCAUGGAGAGGAUACAUGGAGGACCACUGGCUGAACAGUUUUGACGCGGAUAUGGGCGCUACACUGAAAGACCUUGUCUUCUUCGAUGCACGCCUCCAUGACAAGUUCUUUUCGCAGACUGGGAGUCUGUUCUUCAAGGAGGAUAAAAGAAUCGUAUUGGGCCUGUUGUUGACAGGCAACGCUGUAGAGGGCGAUCGUGGUCCUUGGCUUGAUAUGACCUCUUCCAUACAAUCCACUUGCCAGUUAGCACUGCGCAGGACCGAAUCUCACGCAGCCAGCGCCACCUCCUCUCAUCCAGUUUGCUCCUCAGCAGCGCCCUACUUGAAUCCCUCGUCGGAGCCAGUAUUGACAUUCCCGCGCCUCACCCACCCCGAUCUCUCUCAGUCCAACAUAAUCGCCGAAGCAGCUAACGUUCUAUCGUACAUCGACUGGCAGGGCAUCAUGACUUUCCCUUACAUCCAGUGCACUGUCCUUCCUCCUGCAAGAUGCCCUCGGAUAUCUCCACCAGAACUCAGAGAACAAGCAGACCUCGAGUUGAGACUCGCCAAGUGGCACCGACUGACGUCAAGCGUCUUACUCCGCCGAAUCCCACUGCCCCCCACAACAGCCUGUGUACUACGUGCCCAGCUACUCACCUCGCUCCCCGAGACUGCUGCUCUGAGGUGCUACGCUAACGGUCCCAAAGACCUGCGUCAUCUCGUUCGUGAGCUGUGCGAUGCUCGUCGUGCCUUCCUCCUGUCCACUUGA